AUGAAGGCGAUUAUUCCGUUUAGCGGUCUGUUCGCCGCCACAGUCGCAAUCUUCCUCGUGGACAGCCACAAGAGUCUCUCGCCGGGCCCCAGCGCGGAUUCCGCUCUCACGAAUGCGCUGCUGGCACAGCUUGUGUUGGCAUCAAGCGUAACGCCGGUAACAGCGGUUGACAUAGAGCCUGUCCGCCCGACCCACACUGCCAUCGUAGUCAAUACGCUCUGGUACCUAAGCCUCGUCAUCUCCCUCAUCUGCGCUGUGCUAGCGACGAUGGUCCAGGAUUGGCUCAAGGAAUCCGCAGUCGAGGACGUCCGUCCCUCGGUUGCAACCAUUGAGCGCCACGGCCUCACGCGGCUAUACUCGCAUACGGCGCUCGAGCGUUCCAGGCUAGAUCAUCUGCCAACAUGCGUAGUCGGCUUAAUGCACUCCGCCGUGGCUCUCUUCCUCAUCGGACUCUCCCUAUAUCUCUUCCCGCUCCAUUCGACUCCCGGCUUCGCUGUCGCAAUAGCCUCCGGGUUAGGCGCUCUGUUCUACGGUCUCGUCAGCGUAGCCCCUUUGAUCGACCAGGAGGGCCCCUAUUACACUCCGCUAAGCUACAUCCUGUCUGUAGCUUUCUACAGCUCGGCAGUGCUUAUAGCGAGCACUUUGAUGUAUAUCGUCAACGUGUGCGCUGCGGCGAAAGAUUGGAUAUCCAACAAGCAUGUCGCAUUCGGGGAUCUUGAUCCCCGGCAGGUCUUCAUGUUCCUAGGGGACCCGGCCCUCUCCGUGCGGAUCAUAGGCCCACUAUGUCAUUGGGUGCUCCGCUCCAGGUCCAUGGAAGAGCUAGAUGAGCUGCUUGAACGUGCUUUCGAGCCUCUGCAAGGUCGGCCGGUCCUCGCUGGCAGGGCGCUCGCUUUCCUAGCAACGCGCAUGCGUGCCUAUCUGUUGAAGCACCCCGAAGCCAUGCGAUACCUCUCUCGCUGCUUGCUCAGCUUGGAGUACCAAAGCGUUUGCGACUUUUUCAUCCGACUUCGCAGCAGCAGGGCUGUCAUGGAAAGACUCGUCGCCGUCUUUCAGAAUAUCGACUCAGUCUUCGCCGCGGUAGGCGCCAUGCGGUUUUUGCAAAUGCUCGUAUCAGCGGAAAGCCAUGUGGACAACCAGUCGCAGGCUCACAGUAACCAGGAUCACCGAUGGAGGUACAUGGAGCCUGUCCUUGCCGCGUUUCCAGCGUUCGCCAAGCAAGUCGGCGAGCAGGCCGACAAGGCGUUGCGUCAGCGGGAUCCCGUACUGCAUACGGCGGUGGCGAGUUUUCGUUGGACACUUAUCCAAUCUCUUGGAGCCGUCGAAGGAGAACCUUGCACAGCCGAACAACCAGGCUUUUUGGCCAAGACCAGCGUACAUUCCAUGCUCAUCACGCUCGAAAGCGUCGAAAGCCUUCGUAUGCGCACCGCGUCCGCUACCGAUCACCCGCAGUUGGAAACCCUCCUACAGGACUCGUCGACAGACCCUCGUCUGGAGUUGUCGACGCGCAAUGCAUUGACAUUACUGGAUUGCGUUCAGCUCUGUGAUUGGCAACCGGGUGACUGGCACAAACCCGAUUUGAACUACCUGCGCAAGGGUAUGCCAAGCAUGUGGGAGUGGCCACGGCUGUAUGGAUGCCAUGGAUCUGGGACUUCGCCCCUCGCCUCAAAAACCUUACGCGAACUUCUCAGCCAAGAUCGUGUCAAGGUUUCGAUGCAAAGGAGCUCAGCAACACUAGUGCCCGACGCCCUCCGACUAGAGCCAGUCGCUAUCCACGCCCUGCGCGACCUUGCGAGCGUUGUCGCUCCGUUGACACCCGAAUUUGCUGCCAAAGGUCAAGCGAGAGAGCUAGACAACGCCCUGACACCAUCCGAGAACAGCUCCGUCGAUGUCGUUCCUAAGACUACGUACAUUGCCUGA